AUGAGGAACAUCAGGGCAAGAAGGUUCUUGUUGGCGGGAGCUCUCGGUCUGCUGGUCCUCCAUCUCUGUAAAGAUUUUAUUGACCACAAAAACAUCAGCCAGCAUGUAAAAGAGGAUGAAAUUGUGACAAGGCAACACACCACCAAGAGCUCCUAUAUAUACUCCUGGCCAAGCUGUCAGAAAAACAUGAGUGUUGCCAACAUCACAGGCUUGAGCUCUCUUUCUGGCGACAUCAUCGACUUCCUGUACUAUCGACACUGUCGUCAUUUCCCCAUGCUGCUGGACCUUCCUGACAAAUGUGGAGGAGCUGAUAGAUCUGCAGAAGUCUUCCUGCUGCUGGUCAUUAAAAGCUCCCCAACCAACUACGAUCGCAGGGAGGUGCUCCGUAAAACCUGGGCUAAAGAGAGGUUGCACAACGGCGCGUGGAUUCGAAGGAUCUUCAUCUCAGGAACGAUGGAUAAAGGUUUUGAGAAACAGCGUCUGAACAAACUGCUGGAACUGGAGCAGCGAGAGUACCACGACAUCAUCCAGUGGGACUUUAAAGACUCCUUCUACAACCUCACCCUGAAGCAGAUCCUCUUCCUGGAGUGGAUGGAAAGAAACUGUCCAAACGCUCGCUUCCUGUUAAACGGUGAUGAUGACGUCUUUGCCAACACUGACAACAUGGUGGAGUAUCUCCAAGGCCUCAAGGACAACGACGGCAGCAAGCACCUCUUCACUGGCCAUCUGAUCCAGAAUGUGGGGCCCAUUAGACAAUCAUGGAGCAAGUAUUUCAUCCCAGUUCAGGUACAGGCGUCGAACUCAUACCCCCCAUACUGUGGAGGUGGGGGAUUCCUAUUAUCUGGCCACACAGCUUUGGUUAUAUACAAUAUGUCCAAGUCCAUUUCCAUUCUCCCCAUCGAUGACGUGUACAUGGGGAUGUGUCUGGCCAAAGCAGGACUUUCUCCUGCGUCUCAUAUGGGGGUGAAGACAGCAGGACUGCAGAUUCCCUCCAGCAAACUAGAUGGAUACGACCCCUGUUAUUAUAAAGAAGUCUUACUGGUACACAGAUUCCUUCCUGCUCACAUGUAUCUGAUGUGGCAAAGAAUCCGAGAUCCCAAUCUGAUAUGUGGACCUUCAAAGAAAAGCAGCAAACUGUAGCUGACAGGACGUGUUGACGCUCAGUGUCCAGCUCCAACAUGGUCUCACAGGAAUCCGUGGAAUAGCCACGGAUUCGCUCAAAUUUCUGUGAAACUGACACGAAUUUCCUUAUAAUGCAAGUUAACCCAUUGAGGCCUGAAAAACCGCUGGGCGAUUUUAAAAUAAGCCUCUAAUUUUCUGGAAAUUCUGGAAAAAUUCUGGAAAAAAAAGUGUGAACUCUUCUACUAAAUAAUAGAUUUUUCAGCCUCUGUAGCAGAUAGAAAUUAAAUUCAAAAAGUAUUUGAGAGCUUAUACAAAUACUACAAAACGACGUAAACGCUUUCCAGGCUUCAAUGG